GUCGGCAAAGUGCGCUUUUGGAACCUAACUACACCCAUUUCAGGAAGAUCGUAGGUUUAGCUGCAGUGGAGCGAUAGGACGCAUUGCGAUUAAAGCACGAUCUUUUCCCGCUCAUCCCUCACUUGCACUUCAUUGAAGCAUUUCAUUUUCUAUUCUUAUUCCAUUUGCUGCAGCUUCUGCAAUGAUCUAUCUUUCACGAUGGGUAAUACACAGAAAGAGUACCAGGACAGAGUCAAGGAUGACUCCUCGGUCGAAGCUCUCCCUACGCUGACCAGUCCGAUAAACCAGCCAGACCCAGACGUAGAGAAAAUUGGAAAUGGCGCAACUCUCAACCGAGAGGUAUCAGGGCCUCCUUAUUCUGCCUUCAGCAAUGGGAUGAAAUGGUGGAUCAUAUUCCUUGUCUCUAUUUCUGCAUUAAUCUCACCUUUUGCGGCUACUCUGUACUAUCCCGCAUUAAAUGUCAUGUCGGACGUGUUGCAUAUUUCUCCAACGAUGACCAACGUUUCUUUGACUACUUAUAUGAUUGCUCAGGCAAUAGCACCUGCGAUCAUUGGUAAUCUCUCCGAUAACAGCGGUCGUCGCAUUGCUUUCCUCGUUAGCUAUGUGAUCUUCAUCCUAGCAAAUAUCGGUCUAGCUUUACAGACCAAUUAUGCUGCCCUUCUCAUUCUGCGUAUGGUCCAGGCGGUCGGAGCCUCUGCCUCUAUUGCACUCACCGUGGCUGUAACCGCAGAUAUCGCCACAUCCGCGGAACGUGGCACCUACAAUGGAUACGCCUCUGCCGGCAUUCUGUUCGGACCUGCCUUUGGCCCUAUGAUCGGAGGAGUUCUUGCACAGUAUCUUGGAUGGCGAUCUAUAUUCUGGUUCCUGGCCAUUUACGGCGUAGUACUACUCAUCGUCUUCCUCGUCUUCUUGCCAGAAACAUGUCGGAACGUUGUAGGCAAUGGUUCCAUUCCCGCCACGGGACUCAACCAAUCAGUAAUUGGCUACAUCCAGCAACGCAAGAAUCGAAACUCAGGAGGAGAGACUGAAAGCACCAUCACACCUGCGGAGAAACGCAAAUUCGUAAUGCCAAACCCAUUGUUGACGCUGAAGAUCCUCGGAGAGAAGGAAUCAUGCAUUGUGCUGCUGUACAAUGGCCUCUUCUUCACGGGACUCAUGGUCACUACCGCAUCAAUCCCGGAUCUAUUCAAAACCAACUAUGGCUUAGACGAACUUAAAGUCGGCCUUUGUUAUAUCGCAUCUGGCACAGGCGCUCUAUUUUCCGCAUUGUCAACCGGCCACAUCCUCGACUGGAACUUCCGCCGACACGCCGCUCUUCUCAACAUCCCAAUCACUAAAGGCAAACAGCAAGAUCUCCGCAACUUCCCCAUCGAAAAGGCGCGCCUGCAGGUCGCAGUACCAGGCCACAUCAUUGGCACAGCUGCGUUAGUCGCAUUCGGCUGGACAGUGAAAUUUCAAACACAUAUCGCUUGGCCCGAGAUUGCACUCUUCUUUCUAGGCUUCGGCAUCACCACAGCAUUCGGCGUCACGAACAACUUGCUGGUCGACUUCCAUCGCGAUAAACCCGCCACUGCAACAGCCGCGGUCAAUUUCGUCAGAUGUCUCAUGUCUGCUGGUGGGAGUGUGGCGAUUAUUCCAAUGUGCCGCGCGAUGAAUCCUGGGUGGGCGUUUACGUUGAUAGCAUUGAUAUAUACGGUAUUGAUAGCCGUGGUCUUCUGGAUCAUGCGUAAUGGAAUGAAGUGGAGGGAAGAGUUGGAGGCGAAGAAGGCGGCGCUGGCAGCUGUUACGACGGCGUAGGUGCGGUUAGAUGACUUAAUAUGUAUAUACAUACGUCUUUUUAAUGAGAU